AACGCCGAGGAGAAGUUCAAGGAGAUCGCGGAGGCUUACGACGUCCUGAGCGACCCCAAGAAACGAGCCGUUUACGACCAGUAUGGGGAGGAAGGUCUCAAAACUGGAGGUGGCUCCUCAGGUGGCUCAGGGAACACUUUCCACUACACCUUCCACGGAGACCCCCAUGCCACCUUCGCAUCCUUCUUUGGAGGCUCCAACCCUUUUGACAUCUUCUUUGCUAGCAGCCGCUCCCGGAUGUUCAAUGGCUUUGACCAGGAAGACAUGGAUAUCGAUGACGAUGACGACCCUUUCAGUGCCUUCGGUCGGUUUGGCUUCAAUGGCAUUAACGGAGUUCACCGGCGGCACCAAGAGUCCCUGCACACACGGAGGAAGGUCCAAGACCCACCUGUCAUCCAUGAGCUCAAGGUGUCCCUGGAAGAGAUCUACCACGGUUCCACCAAGAGGAUGAAGAUCACCCGCAGAAGGCUCAAUGCUGAUGGCCGGACCAUGUGGACUGAGGACAAGAUCCUAAACAUUGUCAUUAAACGGGGUUGGAAGGAGGGAACCAAAAUCACGUUCCCCAAAGAAGGGGAUGCCACCCCAGACAACAUCCCUGCCGACAUCGUCUUCAUCCUCAAGGACAAGCCUCACUCGCACUUCAAGAGGGAUGGGACGAAUGUGGUCUACACGGCAAACAUCAGUCUUAAAGAGGUGGGUAUGGGUGGGAAAUCCCACGGGGUGGGAGGUGGCACUGGGUCAUGGUGCUUGGGGCCAAGACGGGAGUCAGUCCUUGUCCUGCGCCAAUGA